AUGAAACCGGCACUUUCCGGGGCAUGCUGGAGAUGUAAAGAGUCCCCAGGCACCGUGAUCCACAUGUGGUGGACCUGCACCACCCUGGACUCUCUAUGGUCAGACACUCAAACAUUGAUACAAACAGUGACGGGAAAGACCCUGCAACGCAACCCAGAACACUAUCUCCUGCAAUAUAUACCAACACAGUUCACGAAAAGUGAGAGGUACCUGAUAUACCACUUCACCGCCGCUGUGCUUUUUUCCAUAAGUAAAACUUGGUUACAAAAAACUCCCCCAACUAUCAGCUCCGGCAUCUCACAAAUAGACAGCACAAAAAG